CUGGUCCCUGACGUCUCCACAGCUGUGUAGGUGUGUUCUCUGCUAGCCACUGUCUCACUGUGGACUCCUGGAACUGAAGCAAGCUGUUUGGGAUUUUUUGGAGUUUUGCUUUUUGUGUUCUGUUCAGCAACAUCUGGCUGGUUUUCCUCAGCAGGCAAAAGAAGCCACAUAGCAGGAAAUGGCAGAAACGGAGGCUUUGGUGGGUGUGACACCACACUCAGUUGACUGCCAUCUGUUUAAAGAACCCGUGAAGAAAAGACGCAGGUCGCAUCAUGACCAACAGUUCCAAGCAUUUCCCUCUGUGGAGCAAAGUGCCCUCAAGGAGUAUGAAAAACUGGAGUCCCGGACCAGGAAGGUUCUGAGCAACACUUAUCAGAAGUUGAUUCAGUCUGUCUUUCUGGAUGACAGCAUUCCCAGCGGACUCAAGUAUCUCAUAAACCGGCUUCUUGCCUUGAUUGAAAAACCGCCGCUGGAGCCGGUCUAUGUGGGGUUCUUGGGAAACACUGGAGCCGGCAAGAGUUCUCUGAUCAAUGCCCUCAUCCAGGAAGCGAUGUUUCUACCAGUGUCUGGAGAAAGCGUAUGCACGGCCUGCAUCGUACAAGUGAGCUCUGGCUGCUGCGAGCAGUAUGAGGCCAAAAUCCACCUUCUGUCUGAUCAGGAGUGGAAGGCGGAACUGAAGGACUUGACUAAGCUCCUGCACAGGGUGGAAGGGCCUGGGGGAGCCGAGGCAGAUUUGUGGGACAAUGCAGCAGAAGAAGCUGCCUGGAAGCUGCAGAUGCUCUAUGGCCGAGGGGCAGAAAAGAGGUGCUAUGAGGAGCUGCUGAGGAUGAAGCCCAGAGGGAGGAUCCCAACCUCAAGAACCAUCACUCUAAAAGCAGAGGAGGCAGGAGAGCUGUCUGUCAAGCUGGACCCCUACAUCCGGACUCAGAGGAGAGACUGGGAUGGAGAAUCAGCAGACACACAAAUCUGGCCUUUGAUCAAAUAUGUGGAAGUGAUCCUUCCCAAAUCUGCACUGAUCCCAGAAGGGGUUGUCUUGGUGGACAUUCCAGGCACAGGUGACUUCAACAGCAAGAGGGAUGAGAUGUGGAAAAAGACCAUUGACAAGUGUUCCGUGAUCUGGGUGAUCAGCGACAUAGAGCGUGCUUCCGGAGGAAAGGCCCACGAAGACCUUCUGAACGAGAGCAUCAAAGCCUGCCAGCGUGGCUUCUGCAGGGACAUCGCCCUGGUGGUCACCAAAACCGACAAACUUCACUUGCGGGAAUAUCUCAGGGAAAGAAAGAUGGGAGAUCAAGCUAUUCAAAGUCAGAGAGAGGCUGUUUUGCAAAGAAAUGAAAUAAUCAAACUACAAAGGAAUAGACUUCUCAAGGAGAAAUUGAAGAGAAAACUGCCAGCUGACUCCAAGGUUCUGGGGGACUCGGAUCUGGUGUACACAGUCAGUGCCCAUGAGUACUGGCAGCGGGCCCUCCUUACUGAAGAAGAAAGUGAAAUCCCCAAGUUAAGGGAAUAUAUUAGGAAAAGGCUCUUGGACAAGAAGAGGAGACGGGUGACCAAGUACGUCACCGAAGCCUUCGGCCUGUUGCUCCUCACAGACACCUUCAACUCAGAGGAAAGCCUUCUGACUGAACACCUGAACACGGGUGGCCUGCGGCGAUUUGUGGAGGACAAGAUGGAACUGUUGGAGGAGGCCAUUGAGCAGUGCUUUGCUCGCAUGGAGCAGCCCCUGCAGACAGGGGUCCAGGUGGCCAGGACUGCCUACCGCCGCGUCCUCAGGGCGUGCCUGGUGAGGAGUAGAGGAAACCAAGGUUUUCACCAGACCCUAAAAGCUGUUUGCCUGAAGAAUGGCGUCUAUGCCUCCAGGACUCUGCCCAGAAUCGACCUGAAUGAAGCCCUGUCGCAGCCUAUCUAUGACCAGAUCGAUCCUGUGUUUGGAGGCAUUUUUAGGGAGGGAAAGCCUGCAGGCUCUGCUCUGAUGCAGCACAUAGAUGCUUUCAAACAUUCCCUGGAGGAGAGAAUGGAAGAGACUGGGAUUAUAAAUGGCUGGAAGUACGAUGGAUACAAGAGAAACUUCCUGAUCCAGGAGAUAAGUGCCAUCCUGGGAGGCCUAGAGGGCCACAUCCUCCGAAGGAAGAGGAAGAUCUACGAGUCCAUCACCAGCUCCAUCCAGAGCGACCUGAAGCCCUGCUACGAAGAGGCUGCUCAGAUCACUGGCAAAAAAGCAUGCGAGAGAAUGAAGGAUGUCAUCAGAAGAGGGGUGGAGCGGCAGGUGGCCGAAGGCAUGUUUGAGAGGGCUCAAGAGAGGAUGUGGCACCAGUUUCAACAACUGAAGCGUGGAAUCACUGAGAAAGUCAAGGGCAGCAUCAUGACCAUGUUGAUGCUGGCUGCACCGCAGGGAGAUGGUCUCUACAAGGAGCUUGCAGAUGUCAGGAGCGAACAGAAGGAGAUGGAAAAGCUCCACAGAAGCCUGAGGGAGGUGGCUGAGAACGCGCAGCUGCGGAGGGGCAUGCAAGAUUUCCUCCUUCGAAUGUCUCCCAGCAAAGGAGGCCCCCCUGGAGCAAAACUUUAGUUUGGUGGUCUUAGGUUCGAAAAGAUGAAAAUAGGCCUGAAGCCAGAUAGGCAGAAUUAUUGCUAUUCUCUUUGAAACAGAAUUAAAACAAAACAAACAUUUCUCAUCAUUUGGACUUUCUAUAUAACAUAAAACCACCACAUCACUAUUUCUGGCAUAAUUUUUGAAUGUCAAGUGGAAAGUUACACAAUUCAGCCUCAGGCACCAGGCUCUAUUUCCCACUUUAAUGGUGAGACUUCUGAGGAAGAGGCAAUGUUGUCCUGAGGAAAUAAACCUGAGACCAGGUUAGUUACUUUCCUGUGGCUGUGAUAAAAUACGGUAGAAAAGCAACUCAAGGGAGAGAGGGUUUAUGUUGGCUGAGUUCAAAGGUCCUGUCCAUCAUGGCAGGGGGCACAUGGCCAGGGGAGUGAGGCCCUGCUCACAUGGCCCACAAUCAAAAAGCAGCAAGAUGCAUACUGGUGCUCAGUUAUUUGAACAGAAGUCGGUCGGACCCCUAUGUGUGCUCUAAUUUUUUUGGUUGGUAUUUUAAAGAAAAUUCUACUUCACACCCACAGAUACAUAACAGAUACAUAGAAAUCUGUUUGUAUGUUUGUUUGUUUUUGUUUUUGUUUUUUUUUGAUUUUUGAUUUUUUGAGACAGUUCCUCUGUGCAGCUCUGGCUGUCGAGCUUUGUAGACCAGGCUGGCCUCAAACUUACAGAGAUCCGCCUGCCUCUGUUUCCUGAGUGAUAGGAUAAAAGGCAUGCUCCACCAUUGCUAGGCUUAAGGAAGUGUUUUUAGUAGCCAUUUUAACUUGUCAGUGGGUUAGUUCUUUGAUUCUACAGCCUUGAAGAAUGUAGUUUAUUUUCAAAAACUUAUUUUUUUACUUCAAGAGCAGCCAAUGCUCUUUUAACCACUGAGCCAUUUCUCCAAAAUCCAAGAAUGGUAAUACUUUCUUAAAGGUUGGUUGAAGUGUCAGAACUGAAACCAAAUCAGUGAACUUUGUUUUCAAAAGCUGUUACAGUACAGACUAUUAGAUAAGUUUAAAAUUUUUGUUGUCUACAAGAAAUCCACUUUAAAGAUGUAAAUAAGUUAAAAGUACAAAGUCCAUUGUUUUGUUUUACACUUAAAAAAAUGAAUAAAAAGCAGGCCCUCUUCCUUUUCUCUU